CGCCACUAUCAGCUUCCGGUCAGCAUUGUCAUGAUGGAGUUGAUGGCUGUGAAGCUGAUGGUGAACAUGCAAACCGCACGCGAGCUCAGCAGUGGUGGGGUUGUGGUCGAAUACAGGGAGUCGGAAGGAUGGGAAGGACGGCAUCGUUAACUACGACGGCAUGUGCCUGAGCGGACGGCUGCUGCUGGGGAACUUACAUUAGCUCAAAACACCUCCUGGGAUCAAUUGUGACCACGAGAAGAACAGGAAGACAGGCAUCGCUGCUCUCUUUCGUCCACAGACCACCGACAGCAAGGCAUUCGAGAUGACGAAACGAUUCGUAGAGAGCAAGGAGGCGGUGACAGCGGAAAAGGAUGAGACGACGGGCCGGAAGAUGAUGUGUAUUCAGGACUUCAAAGAAGUUGCAGACCGGAAACUGCCUCGGGUUCACAGGAACUACUACAACGACGGCUCAACCGAUCAGAUUACAGUGAGAGAGAACUCGACCGCCUUCCUGAAAUAUAGAAUCAGACCCCGUGUGCUUGUCGAUGUGUCCCAAUGCUGCCCUUCUGUUGAAUGCCUGGGUCGCAAGGUCGCAUUUCCCGUGGGCAUUGCACCCACUGUCCAAUUCAUUGCCCACCCAGACGCCGAGAUCGCUACCUCCCGGGCCUGUGCGCGAAAAGGCAUCAACAUGGCCAUCGGCAGCCUUGCCAGCAACACAGUAAAAGAUAUCUGCGACGCUGGGAAGUCCGUUGACUCGAACAUGACCUACGCGAUGCAGAUGUACCCCUUUAAGAAUCGCAUCAUGGCAGCGAAGCUCAUCAAGGAGGCCGAAGCGCAGGGUUGCAAGGCGGUAUUCCUGACGGCCGAUUCACCCACGCUAGGCGUGCGGUACCGGGAGUGGAAGGACGACUUUCGCAUACCCAGUGAACAGGGCUUUCCCAAUAUCGGCUGGACGGUCGAACGGUUGCGGGCACAGAGCAACGACUCCGUAGGUCAGGACACGCUGGACGACAGCCAAAACUGGGCGCGCGACAUUGCCUGGUUCAAGAGCCAGACUAAGAUGGAGAUAUGGAUCAAGGGCGUGCUGACGGCCGAGGACACGCAGAAGGCUGUCGAGAUGGGUUGUCACGGGAUUAUCGUUAGCAAUCACGGCGGAAGGCAGUUGGAUGGUGUGCCAGCUACGAUUGACGCUCUACCAGAAUGUGUAAAGGCGGCAAAUGGGCGGUUGAAAGUGCAUAUCGAUGGUGGUAUUCGAACGGGAUCGGACAUUUUCAAGGCCAUAGCCUUAGGGGCAGAAUGCUGCUGGUUGGGUCGGCCAGCACUCUGGGCACUGGCAUACGAUGGCGAAAAGGGCAUGGACCUCAUGCUGCAGGUGCUUUACGACGAUUUUGUACGGUGCAUGAAGCUCGCGGGCUGCCAGACGAUCAAAGACAUUACUAAAGCGAGUCUGGGUGUUGUUAGGCAUGAUGGACCAUUAGCUAGGCUGUGAUGUGCGACUCGCGCCCGAUCGCAGAUGUCUGUGAAAUGUACAAAUCUAUUAAACAUUGUUUCUACGAGAAAAGAUCACGC